AUGCCAUCACACCAGGCGCUCCAGGGGCACCUGUGGUGUGGCAUCUUUACUGGAGCAACCACACCACGGCGGAAGAGGAGGAAGGUUGCUCCGGCUACCCCGCGAUUGCCCAUACGUCUGCCAGCCACACCAUUGCAACCCCCGCAAUUUGAGCUCCCACCUUCUGUCCAACGCCACUUGCCCCAAGCAAUUGCAGACAUGGUUAACGAGAGUUCCGGCAAUGAAGACGGGCAGCAGCACCAGCAGCGAGGGCUUUCACCAGUGGACAGGGGUCUGCAGCGUCCGUUGAACCUCCCCGCUCCCAUCCCUUUCCUAUUUCCCAGCACACCGGGUGGAUCCCUGGUGCUUGAACCCCCGCCACCACCAUCCGCUCAACGACCCCGGCAGACACAUGCAAGCAUCAAGGUUUCGCUUCACCGAAUCCAUAAUCAAAAUCAAGUUCAAAGGGAGCGCCUGACAACAUUCAUCGGCAACGUUCACAUCCUUGCGCGCCACACCACCUUCUUUCUCAAGUACUACUACCUUGCUGAUCAUCCUCUACACGACUUCCCGGACAUCACUGACAAGCACAUCAGUGUGAUGUUUGAGCUGCUCAACAAUCCACGCUACAACGGCAAUCCGGUCAUCGCGCAAGAGUUGCGUCCAUGGGAUCAAGACUACUGUAAUGUUCACGGAUUCGCCCCUAUCCGCAUGCAACAUUGCCAACAGACCACAGCGUACACAGCUUCGAGCAUCUUCACAAACCUCAAAGUCAACUCGUACUGCAUCUCCGUAGAGCUUGAGUCAACCGAGCGCAGCGGCGACACUAUCAUCGGCGUGCCCGUGCCUAUUGACAAGGUCUUCAAGCAUCGAAAGAAGCUUGGUCUUAAAUUUGAUGGAUCAAUCAGCACAAACAGGUAUUCCGCUACCAUCCACUUCAAGAAGCCAGGGCUCAAGUAUGGGCAUCGGGCCCGGAAGCGCAGCAAGGCCCAAAUGCGGGAAGAAGUCAAGCAGCUGUAUUUUGAGCACCACAUCACCGAACUACGGGAGGCUCCAAACAUCGUCAGCAUUGAUCCGGGCAAGCGUGACCUCUUGUUCUGUCGAGACAUCAAGAAGGAGCGGCCAUUUAGUACCUCCGCUAUCCCCGCUGUCUCCGCUAUCGCCGCUAUCCCCGCUGUCCCCGCUCCGCUAUCCCCGCUGUCGCCGCUGUCCCCGCUCCGCUAUCCCCGCUGUCGCCGCUGUCCCCGCUCCGCUAUCCCCGCUGUCGCCGCUGUCCCCGCUAUCCCGAUCAACGCCCUCCUCAACCCUGUCCCCGUCCCCAUCCCCACCAUCCCCCCCGUCACCAUCCCCACCAUCCCCUUUGUUCGACAUUCCGUUGCCGCGUUCUCACAAUGCACCACCCCAUACCAGAUACACAUCCAAUCAACGGGCAGUCGAGACAAAGUCUCGCGAAAGAUCAAUGCCGGCAUCGCUGAGAUGGAAUCACAUAUUCCGUUGCACAAGAGCAUGAACAUCGAGGCGUUCUCAGCGUUCAUUGUGGAUCACGUACAUGCGGAUCCCGCCCUGGAUGAGUUUUACCAGGAUGAGAUUCACGUCGCUUGCAGAUUCAAGGCGUUCUCACUGCGGCAAAAGUCUGAGAGCAAGCUCAUCAAAAACAUGCGACGCCUGUAUGGAAAGCAUUUUUCGGUCAUCUUGGGUGAUUGGAGCGACGCUGGAAAAACCAUGCGCUUUCAGGAGUCAUCAAAGACCAAAGGAUUCCGCACACUCUUUGCGAGAAAUGGCAUUCCAUGCUACUUGCUGGAUGAGUAUCGAACGUCGUCCGUGUGCCCACACUGCCACGGGCGUGUGAGGAAAAACAUCCGACGCCGGCUGUCACCUCGGCCGUGGCAAGCUCGAAAGGGAAGAAUGGAAUUCGUCCAUGGAUUGGUGGGUUGCCCCAACCCCGAAUGUAUCAACCAAGACUGGACGCCAUUUGAGAUUCCUGGAAGACGACCACUACAACUACGGAUGAAAGUGCACAAUCGGGACAUCCUAAGCACCAAGAAUUUCGUCUCGAUUGUGCGUUCGGUGGUGUUUGGCGAUGGCCGCAGGCCAGACGCAUUCUCCCGUAACCGGUAG